AUGGGUUACAACGCGCUUCAACAGCAUGAUCACGAUCACGACCACGAUGAGGACGAUGGCGACCACGAUGAUUCGCCUUCGCCCAAUCCACAACAACACACGCUCGCUUCUCCUGUUUUUACGCCACCCCUCUCAGCGUCGCUAUUUUUGGACGAUCCCAAUACGAGCAAUGAACCCUCUUAUCCCCAUACGAAUGCUCUCGGUCUCAAUUAUCUCGUGCAAUCGAUAGCCUCUAGAAGCACGAGAACGGACGCAAGCUAUGAUAUGGUAGAGAGUGAAGACUUUGCGGCCGACGCCAGAAGCUCCCCGGCGCUGUCAACGGAGAAACCGCCAGGAACCGGUCGAUCACCACCAAGCGAAUCUUCUGUGGUGGCAUUGCACAUUCCUCGAGCACGAAGACGCCGCAGCCCAGCCACAGCCGCUCACCAGCAGUCAACAACAAUCUCACCUCGAAUCCCUUCUCAGCCGAUUCCCAGGACGGCAUCAGGACGAAGCAUUGCCCUGCGACAUCCAACACCGGACCUUCAGGUCCUUCAGGGGGCUUACACGGGAAAUAUUUUACACUUGGAAAAGACGGCAGAGCAAUUGAGCAUGACAUCUUCGAUGGACGAUGCCAUCAGGGAGUUACACGAAGAACAGAAACGCUCAGACAGUCGCCGCUCGUCAUUACUGUCCUCGCAGGGCAUGUCUGCCAUUUCAAGACAAGUUUCAAACGCCUCGUCAAUAGUGGAAGUCAACUCGGCAGCACGGUCAGGCGGUUUCGCCCCAGCCGGCUUUAUGAUGUCCCCCAAAGGUUCGUUCACCGCUGCCGCAGGUGGUCGGGGGCGUUCUGCCUCCAAAAGUUCUCGGUACGGGUCUCGUCCUGAGCCCGAGUUAGAAGGGAGGCCUCUGGACUCCUUUGUCAAUAUGCACUCGAUGUCAUCAAUAGCGCCCCCUUCUCCAGUUCUCUCGCGAUCUGUAUCCAUUGCUGAACAGGACGAAGACGCAGCGACCAUGACUAAACCAAUUGCAGAUCUACUCGAAAGUCCAGAGAUGAACGAGACACCGAGAGGGAGUGAUGAGAAGAAGAGUGAGGAGGAGGAUAGGCCAGCAACAUCUGCUUCAAUUAGCACCUUUGACCAGGCACAGAAGAUGUUCGCAGAUUUCGAUGGCAUACACUCGGGUCCGUCACCCGAAGAGCAGAUGGAUACUGUGGACAUGUCGAGGGAAAUGGGCGAUUCUCCGAAGAAUGAUAACCACCAAAGGAGGCCAUCAGGCGGUCGAGUACUGUCUGGAGGCAGACCACAAUCGUACGCCGAUCCACGAACUGGCCAGGAAAUGGUAUAUUACCCAGCACCUGUUCCCAUGAUGCUCAACUUGCCUCAAAAGCUGUCGAAAGCACCAUCAUCAAUGGCAAGGAAUAAGAGAAGGUCACAAGUCAUGAGCAAUAUCCCAGCAGCUGCUCGACAAUCUGCUAUCUGGCUACCAGAUGUGCUAGAGAACGAAGAAGAUGGAGAGAUGCCAGAAGAUGAUGAGUCUCAGCAGCAAGAAUAUAUACCACAACAUCAAAGAGCCAGCAUGGGAGGACGACGGCUUACGCAAGAUCUUUCACAUAUGCCCGCACAUUUACGAGCCAGCACCUUCUUUGAUUUGCCUGCAGCAACGCAAGUUGUGGAGUUGAAGGAGCAGUCUGCCGUAGCCACCUUGGAUAGUAUCCUCGACGCGUCAGCACAUGCGCCGGUUAGUGCAUUUACAGAUCACGCGUUUGCUGGAGCAUUGGGUGCAGAAGUGUAUGGCAAAGAGAGGACACACAAUCGAAAUAGCCGAAGCACCACGCAAUUGCUUGAGCCAGAGCAACACAAGAAACGAACGAGUUCUUUCAACCUUCUCCUACGCGGUAGACGAGCUAGCAGCAGUGAUUUGCUGGAUACAGACAAGCGGAGAUCAACGAUGUCGGGCGUGAUAGAGGCUACUGUCAGAUCACCAAUUGAGGAGGAUGGUGAUGAGGAACUUGAGAAUGGAGACGAUUUUGCUGUCAAGGCUGUCGAGGAAGAGGAAGAGGAGGAGGAUGAAGGCCAGCUCGACGACGAUGUCUAUCAUGGUGCUCCUACCACUCUUCUCGCAGAGCUCCAACUCCGAAAACAGCAGCAGAAACAGCGGACACAGCAUCUCACGAAGCAGUUCCCUACUGGUAUACACUCUACACUUCUUGAAAUGGAUGCAGUUGCACAAGUUCAGCAGAAAAGUAGAAAGAAGAAGAGGACAAUACUGGCUUGGGAAGAUCCUAAUAUGGCUGAUCAGGAUGACGAGGAUGGAGACGAUGAGGACGUUCCUCUGGCAAUGCUAUAUGCUAAGAAAUCUGCCCAACUUCGGGACGCAAAUAGACCUCUGGGCUUGAUGGAACGCCGUGAUAUGGAAGACAACGAACCUCUCAGCCGGAGAAAAGAUCGCCUACAAGGUCGUCCACCAGCAGCACCUCGUGCGUCCACAAUGAUGAACCUCUCUGGACCCUUCAUCCCUGAAGAAGAAGAAGGCGAGACUUUAGCGCAACGAGUUCGCCGCCUGAAAGAACAAGGAGGAACAACUACAGGCCUACCCUCCGCACGACCGGUCAGCGGAGACUUCACCUCAGAACUAAUGUCCCAAUUCGGGGGCGACCUCCUUGACCCCAAAGAAAAAGGCAAAGGAAAAGAACCCUCCACCUCCCCCGCCCCAGAAGAAGAAGAAACCCUGGGCCAACGCCGCAAACGACUGCAAGCCGAACGCGAAGCCCGCGCCAAAGAAGUAGGAACCCAAGGUCCCCCUCCCCCAUACGCAGAAGAAGUCCCCAGCACCCACAACAAACGCCGCAGCAUGGCCGAUAUCCUGCAAGCGCACCCAGCAGCCGGCGCCGAGCGCGUAGUAAACUACCAAAAACCAGUCGGAGGCCUCCUCGGCCUCCACGAGAAGAAAUCCUCCCAGCGCGCCUCGACCAUGCUCGAUUUCCCGCCUACCGCCGCGGCGGAAUUCAUCAAAUCCCACCCCCCGAACCGGCAAUCGUCCGGGGGUUUCAAAGCAGGGAUGUACAACGACGGCAAAGGCGGCAUUAUCCCACCCUCUCAAAUCCCACAGCAGCAACAAUAUACAUUCCCGCAACCGAGCCUGGGCGCCUUUCACGGCUUCAACACGUUCCAGAACCCCUACGCGUCGAACAUGAACCUCGCGGCGCAGAACUCGAGUUAUAAUCUCGGCGCAAUGCCGAGCCCGUUGCCGUUGCAGAUGAGUUAUAUGCCGGGGAUGCCGAUGGUGCAGGGGAUGAAUAUGAAUAUGAAUAUGGGGAUGGGAAUGAGUAUGCUGCAGAUGGGGCAGGGCGUGCAGCCGUUGAAACAGGGGCAGAUUGAUAUGGUGGAGCGGUGGAGGCAGAGUGUUAUGCAGUGA